GUGGAGAGAGAUGGGCCUAAGGUGAACCCAGAUCUAUUUCCUCCUCCUUAAAACUCUCCCCCGCUGUCAGCCUAUGACCAGUUACCAGUGAGUGGGCAGGUGGUGCGAUGAGACUGCUGUGUAUCGUGGAUAACUUCUUGCUUGUUUCACUGUCACCUCAUCUUCCCCUCACCCCUCCUCCCUAUUUGUUUUGCUUAUCUACCUGUUGUGUCUGAUUACCAAGACUGGUAGCUCAUUGCGGCUGACCUUUUAUUGUAUGCCUGUGCAUCACCUAGCGUAAUGAGGCUUUAAUCCUUGAUUGGUUCCCCUGGAUGAUAAUAGACUAUAGAUAAUACAGGUGAUGAUAUCAUAAUACUCUGAGUGACAUCACCCCUGAAGCAAUGAUGUCACAGUGCAGAAGCAACCACGUCUUUAUCAAGAUUCCACAGCAGAGAAGCUCUGAGCCAAUCUACUCAGCAAGAUGCUCCUCCCAGUGGCUUUCUAGGAAGGAAGUGAGCUGAGCAGCACCGGCAGAGAGAAUGCUUCGUUUGAUCAGCACCAGACUGAGUGCCAGCUGGUGGAGGCAACUUUGGGCACAAGCUCUGGCUACGCCCCACUUCAGGCUGACAUCGCCUCCAUACUAUAUAACACAUCAAAAAGAGGGAUACUCAAGUCAAGCAAACAAGGAAUCCACAUCCUUUGUCAUGAACCUGUUCAACGGGCAGUUUGUACCUGACAAUGUUUUUCCUUUCCCCUCAGUGCUCUCCAUGGAGCAGAUGCAGUCCCUGCAAGCCCUGGUAGAUCCCUGCACCCGCUUCUUUGAGGAGGUUAAUGAUCCUGCGGAGAAUGAGAAACUGGAGAGCAUUGAGACGGCCACCCUGGCAGGGCUGAAGGAGAUGGGAGCCUUUGGGCUGCAGGUUCCUGAGGAGCUGGGGGGAAUUGGGCUGACGAACACCCAGUAUGCUCGGGUUGUGGAGGUGGUUGGAGUGCACGACCUUGGUGUGGGCAUAAGCCUCGGUGCUCAUCAGUCAAUCGGCUUUAAGGGAAUCCUGCUCUUUGGGACCCAGAGUCAGAAGGAGAAAUACCUGCCCAAGCUAGCAUCUGGAGAGACCAUGGCUGCCUUCUGCCUGACAGAGCCAUCUAGUGGCUCAGACGCGGCGUCUAUUAAAACCCUCGCCGAGCUCAGCGAGUGUGGGAAAUUCUACACGCUGAACGGUGGGAAAAUAUGGAUCAGUAAUGGAGGGACAGCUGAGAUCUUCACAGUGUUCGCCAAGACCCCAGUAAAGGAACCAACAGGGGAAGUGAAGGACAAAAUCUCAGCCUUCAUUGUGGAGAGAGCGUUUGGGGGAGUGACCAGUGGCCCCCCGGAGAAGAAGAUGGGGAUCAAGUGUUCCAAUACAGCUGAAGUGCACUUUGAUAACGUGAAAGUGCCAGCAGAAAAUCUGCUUGGGGAGCUCGGAAAAGGCUUCAUGGUCGCCAUGAACAUAUUGAACAAUGGGCGCUUUGGGAUGGCCUCUGCCCUGGCAGGCACCAUGCGUGGAGUAAUCGUCAAAGCUGUUGAUCAUGCUGCUAAUCGUAAGCAGUUUGGAGACAAGAUCAGCAACUAUGGGGCUAUUCAGGAGAAGAUUGCACGGAUGGCCAUGCUCCACUAUGUUACAGAGUCGAUGGCCUACGUGGUGAGCGCCAACAUGGACAUGAAGGUGCCCGAUUACAAGCUUGAAGCGUCAAUCAGCAAGAUUUUUGCCUCAGAAGCAGCCUGGUACGUCACAGAUGAGUGCAUCCAGGUCCUUGGAGGAAUGGGAUACAUGAAGGAAACUGGUGUUGAAAGAGUCUUGAGGGACCUGAGGAUUUUCCGCAUUUUUGAGGGCACCAAUGAUAUCCUUCGCUUGUUUGUGGCACUGACGGGCAUUGAGUAUGCUGGGGUCCAGUUAAAGAAUCUGCGAACAACUAUCAUGAAUCCAUCAGGGAAAACUGAGACCAUCCUAAAAGAUAUCGGGAUGAGAGCAAAGCGUAAAGUUGGGAUUCCCACUGGUUUGUCUCUGGAGGGAAUCGUUCACCCAGGCCUGGACAACAGUGCAUACCUGGUGACGAAGGCCAUUGACUUGUUUGGUGAAGCUGUUGAGAGCCUCCUGCUGAAGUACGGCGAGAAGGUGAUAGACCAACAGUUUCAUCUGAAACGCGUGGCCGACGCUGCCAUUGACAUCUAUGCCAUGGCUGUGGUGAUCUCCAGGGCCAGCCGCUCUCUGUCUCUGGGACAACCCACCGCUGAGCACGAGAAGCUCUUGUGUCAAACGUGGAGCCAUGAGGCAUUUGAGCGAGUGAGAGAGAAUCUCCGAGUAGUGAAAUCUUCUACGUGGACUCAGUCCUUUGCUAACAUGAAACAAAUAUCUAAUGCUGUUGUACAGAACCAAGGGAUCCUAGCCACCCACCCUCUGGGCUUCUGAACAGAAAUGGUGCUUUGGUUGACAAUGAGCAACAGCUACAAAUCCUAUUAUAUAGAAAAAUAUUACAUUACACGCUGUUUGCUUCUGUCUAGCCCUGGCUGUGAGAAAACCAAUCCUGUGUCACAGCGUCACUGCAUGCGGGCUGCAGCAAGGGGCCAUGCGUCUGUCCCGCUCUCUGAGAACCCUGAGCACGUGCACAUAAAGCCCCUCCCCCGUGGGUUGUUGGGGCAGCCUGCAUACAUACCAGCUCCCCCGCUCCUCCGUCCUGGUCAAGGAGAUUAAUUUGGGCCACAUGGGUUCCAGCUGAGAGCAGGUGUUAACUGCCUCUUGCCUGCACCCUUCUAGCCUGCUCUGGGGGUCCCAUUGAGGCCUUUGCUGGGGGAGAGAGAAGGUCACCCCAAGGUGCUCUGAGCCAUGGCUGCUAGCUCCCCCCAUUGUGUCCCUGGUUCUCUGGGGGAAGGAGAGAGGAUCCUGGCUAAGUCAGUGCACAGACUCCCGGCCAUCUCCCGCUCUCCUGCCUCGUCCAUCACCAAGUCCUGCUGUCGGGUGAGCCUGGGGCUGUCGUGACCUUUGGCUGAGGGUUUUACUGACCCUGGCACAGGGGACUGUGAGCUUCUCACUGUCUUUACAUGCCACGUGAGGUGAGCUCUGGUUUGGUGGGCUGGGAUCUCACUAAGGGGCUGACUCAGCCCCACAUCUCUGAGUCCAGGCAGGUGCCUUCUCCAGCCAGGGCUGCCUGCAGCAUAGGAUUGCACGGGCAUGCUGGCUCUGGGGGCCAGUCUCUGUGGCUGUCUCUUGGGGAGACGCUGCCAGCUGCUGCAGCUCAUGCAGAGAUUAGAUUCUGCCUGCUUGUGGGCUGAUGCAAGGGGAAAGUCCAGGCAAGCAGAACUUGGCAGGGCUAGCUUAGGUCACGUGUGGUGGAUGUGGGCCCCGGGGCUGCCAGGGGAGCUGGAAACAAAAGGGCUGGUAUUCUGGGAGCCCAUGUUCUCCAGUGUCUGGUGGCACAUCCCUGCAGCCAUCAGCCUGCAGGCCCUGGGGGUGCAGCCCAGUGACUCUGUGAGGCACACGUCACUUGGGGCAUGUGCACCGGGCUUUGCUCACAGAAGGCUGCAUGGUAUCAGCUGUGGGAACGUUGAGCACUGCUAAGAGGCUGCUGCAUUUCCAUGAUGGCUGGGGCAAGCCCUGCUUCUGAUGCGUGUUGAGGGCUUGGUGCUCUUUGGCUGACGUGAACUGUGCACCCAGCCCCAGGGGCCAGGAGCAGCUGGGGCCCUGGUGACCGAAUUCAGCAGAGCUGAUUUAGGUCAGAUAUUAAUUAAAAUACGUCAUGAAUACGACCAUUCGAGAGACAGGGUGGGUGAGGUAUGUCUUUUAUCUUCCUUAGCUCUGUAUGGCUCGAAAGCUUCGUUGGUCCAAUAAAAGAUAUUCCCUCCCCCAUAUCCUGGGAGUGACAUGGCUACACCACCACUGGGUAUCACCCUGCCGGUGUGAAGCUGGAAAGGGAGGUGCUGAAAGCUCAGCAAACUGACACUCCAGAUCCAGUGAACCAAGAACACAAACCUGUUUCCUAAUCAGGUCCCAGUAUCCCACGCUUCGAGCUCUGAGCUCGAGUGUCCAUUUGGACACUCAUCCGCCUUUGUCUCCUCCACAUUAAACAAACGAGCGUGUAUGAUUCAGCAGAUUUACAUGCGUGCUCAGCCAGGGCUGCAACCUCCCCUGCUCCCCAAAGGAGCCCAUCAAAUCCAGAUCCCUGGCAUGCAGCACUUCCCUUUGUCUCCUGCACAGCAGAGCUGUUUGAAUGCUGUGUGAUUCAGAGGCUGGUGCAGCGGGAGUUAUAGAUUCCACAGGCAAAGUCACACAUUAGUGUUUGCUGGAAAUGAUGCAGGCUUAGGUGCUGCUGCUAAUGACACAUUUGGCGGCAGGGCUGCUAAACAAAAAGGGAUUUUGUGGAAUGCCACAAAUUAUUCAGCUUGCAGCAAAAUCCUUGUCCAUGUGCAGGUAGCACCCUGGAGGCUGGAGCAUGCAUGCAUGGCCCAAAUACGACUUGGAAAGCAGCUGCUGUUCUAGCAGAGUGGAGCAGAACUCUGCUUUAACAAAAGAGCAGUUGGCCCUGCAGCGAGGGCAACGCACUCCCACAAUCGGUGUCUCCCCUACUCCCCAUUGUAUCUCCUGUAGAUUUCUUUGCCACGUGGGGAGGUGGAUCAACCUGAUGGGGGUUGCGUGCCCAUGGAAAGGCAUACCAGACGGUGUGCCCCAUACUAUGGGAAGCAGCACAGGAUACAUGGGGGGAGUAAAUCAGUCCCAUGAUCCUGCCCUCAGGCCAGAUUUUCGAAGGGCAGAGCCCCCAGGAUGGCAAAUAAGAGCAACAUCUGUGAAACAGCCUCAGCACCUCUGAAAGAUCAGCCCCCGCUCCUGCGUUGAGCAGGAUGGGCAGCUCAGGCUGAGAGCCCUGUGGGGCAGAAGGGGGUGAGGCCAGGGGGGUGAGCCUAGCAUUAUGUGUCUCCCCAACACAUACACACCUGGGCGCUGUUGGGGGGCAGGUGGCAGGAGGCUCAGCCACUGAGAGGCCAGGCUGAAAUAUCAAUACCGGCCUAGAGGAGGCCUUGUAGCCCGAGCAAACGGCAGCAAUCUGGAGCAGCAACUUCACUGUCACUCUGGCCCUGGGGCUGCGAAGUGCUGCCUCCCGGAGCGGUCAGUGGUGACCCUGGGGGUAUGUGACUGACUAGAUGCAGGAAGGGAAUAUAGGGAUGGUGGCAGCCCCAAGGAAUCCAUCACAAGUGACUCUGACUGACGGGGUCCUGACAGGGCAGCACCUGCUGUCUGGACACAGGAUGUGGCCAUGGGCAGUGCAGUUCUGGAGGGAAUGGCACCGGCAGGGGCAUACGGCACAGUGCUGGGGGCAGGCUCCAGCGUGGCAGGGUCGUGGUCAGAGAGUGAGCUGGUGGUGGUCUCCGGGACAGCACCUUCUUGGUGCAGGUGGUGGCUGGCACAGAGCAACAAGCCCACGGAGCAGAGCGUUGAACAGCACCAGUGAGAGCAGAUGCCCCACACUGAGCAUACAGCACAGCAUUCAUGAGCUGCCAGUAGAGGACAUCCACAGGCAGGAGCUCCAUUGCACACGACGGACUGAUCCCAGGAAUGCCUGGCGCUCGGCCAGGGCUCCCCGGUCCCAGGUAUGUUCAUGCUAGUGUCAGGGUCUCAAAGCCGGCGCAGCAUGUCCCAGCAUGCAGGCAAAUGGCAGACAGAGCAGUGCAGGGCAGCACUGGCCAGAGCCCAGCAGAGAGUCAGGCUCUGGCCACCUAACGAGUGCAGCUGGCUGUAGCAGGCUCCCUGAUUGGCUUCAGCCGGUUGGUUGGAGAAGGCAGCAGACGGCUCUUAAGCAGGAGCGGUUCAGGAGCUGCUCACGGUGUUUGCUGCAGCUGGAAGAGGUUCUGUGCUUGUCUGUCCCGAGCCCUGACUCAGACCAGGUAACCCAGUCCUGGCACUUCCCUGAUUUCUGCCUUCAACUCCGACCUGGGUUCUGGCCUCUGGCUCGGUUCCUGACUCCUGCGCUAGACAGUGGUCAUGAGGGCCAUGCCGGGUCACAGACAAGGCUUCUGGCUCUCCCAGUGCUAAGCUCUGGCAGGCACCUGUGUGUGUUUAAACGAGGCUCAUAACCCAAGGGGCCCAGGGCAAAGCAGGUCCCCGGCGCAGGGGUGCGUUACCAUGGUUGUGAGCACACAAGGAGGCCAAUGCUGCGUAGUGAGAUGCCACAGUCUGGCAUCAUGUUGAUUGCCAAAUGCUGAGCACCCUGAGCCCUGUGGAGCCAGCGGGUGCUGCAGGGACCCUGCUUCUCUGGAGCUCAGGCUGGUUUCAUUUUGGUGCCCGGCUCUAGAUGUGGGGAACACAAUUGCCAUGGUGGCCUGGGUGUGUGGCCAGCAGGCCGAGAGCCAUCGCAUGGGCGAAGGUGCCACAGCCCUUGUUGCACGACCCACGCUGGGGAACUAAACAGCUGCCCGUUGCCAUACACUGCUGUUGGUGUCCCUAGGCCUGAGUGAACCAAAGUUGUGACUGUAGGCU